GAGGCGGGGCCAGGUGCGCGUUCACUUCCUCCCGAGCGCCCCGCCGCCUUCACGGCUUUUACGCACGGUCCUCUCCCCGAUCGCGUCUCUCCCGACCUCCCGCACAGCGAGGGGAAGAAAACAAAACCCAUUAAAAAAAGAAGAGCCAAGAUGAGUGUGGAGCCGCUGAAGUCUGCGCUUUCCAUCGGGAACGUGGACGACACGUCGCUGGCGCUGCCGUCCGGGCCGCACGGCCGCUCGGGUCAGCAGCGCGUCCUGGAACAAGUGCAGACGAUCCGGAGGAGCAGGUCCAAGAAGUCCAGCAGCAGCAGCAGCAGGAGCGCAUCGAUGUCCUUAUCCCCCACAUCUCCGCCGUACGACUCCAUUUUCUCAGAAGCUCUCAAGUCACCGACCAGCCCAACUAAUGGAUUCCUCUUCUUUUCUAAAAGUAUCACGCAAGAGAAAAACGCCGUCGUGGGAUCGAAGAAGACCGCGUCUUCCACCCAUCUGUACAGCUCGGGUCACGCCGCGCUCGGACAGACCCUCAACGGCCGCGGCGUCUCGGACCAGCGCUCCGCUCCCCCGCAGAGGCUCCCGUCCAACCUGAGCGCCCACCGGGCCUCCGUGAACGGCACGGGCCGGAGCCACGCCGACGGGCGCGUCCCGGCCGACCAAGUCGACGGCGCCAAAGCCCCGCCGGAGUCCCCCGUCAACGGCGCCCCGAAGACGCAGGCGGCUUCCGGCGGAGCUGCAGACAUCACCAUGAAGGAGGCCGUGGAGUACCUUUCCCACCAGGACGAGACUUAUCAGCACUGCGGCGCGUCCUACAUACAGCACAACGCCUUCAUCGACGACAAGGCCAAAGAGGAGGUGUUGAGGCUCAACGGGAUCCAUCCUCUGGUGGCCCUGCUGCGCGGCUCCAGCCCCCGAGUCAGCCAGACGGCGUCGGCCGCCCUGCGGAACCUCUCCUUCCGCAGCGACGGCAACAAGGAGAGGGUCCACCGCUCGGGGGGCGUCACGGAGGCCGCGGCGCUGCUCCGGGACGCCGACUCCGCGGAGACACAGAAACAGCUGACAGGUCUCCUGUGGAACUUGUCCUCUGUGGACAGCCUGAAGCCCGACCUGCUUAAGAGCGCUCUGCCCGUCUUAAUGGAGCGCGUGAUCCUGCCGUACACGACGGGUCCCGACCGGACCGGCAGCCAGGACCAGGACGAGGUCUUCUUCAACGCCACCGGCUGCCUGAGAAACCUCAGUAGCACGAAGCAAAGCAACAGACAGGCGCUGAGGAAAUGUCCCGGUUUGGUGGACUCUCUGGUCGCUCACGUUAGGGAGCGCGUGGACGCAGGGACCCCCGACGACAAGUCCGUGGAAAACUGCGUGUGCACCCUGCACAACCUGACCUUCCAGCUGGAGGCCGAGGCGCCGGCUCUGUUCAGCAGGAUCGCCGCGUUGGCCCAGGACGCCAACCGGGGCCCCCCCGGCAAGGCCGACGCCGGCCCCAUCGGCUGCUUCGGUCCGCAGAGCAAACCGCCGGGACACGAGCGGCGCUUUGACUUCCCCGUGGUCGAGGAUCCGCAACCCAGUGGCGCCGGUUGGCUGAUCCACUCCAAAACUAUGCAGAGUUACCUGUCGGUGCUUGAGACCAGCCAGCGAGAAGAAACCCAGGAGGCCUGUUGUGGAGCCCUGCAGAACCUCACGGCACAAGACAGCACUGUCUCCAGCGUGAUGAGUCAUACGAUUGUGCAGAAACUAAAUGGCCUGCGAGUGAUCUGCCCUCUUGUAAAAUCAGAGAAAGUCAACAUUCAGAAGAGCGCAGUGGCUCUGUUGGGAAACCUGACCAAAAACCCAAACCUGACCAAUGCCAUAGCUCGUAAAGCCCUCCCGAAUCUGCUGGACGUCCUCAGCGCAGGCACCGAGAAAGGCAACGAGUCCGACGACACGCUGGCCAUGGCCUGCCAGACCUCCAACGGGCUGCUCAUGAACCAGCCCGAGAUGGGCAAACGCCUGUUGAACAACAAGCUGAUCGACUCCCUGAAGGAUCUCAGCCAGAUCGGAUAUUUACCCAAAUCCAGCAAAGCGGCAGCCCUGCUUCUCCGUAACAUGUGGUCGGAAAAGGAUUUACAGAGCGCCCUGAAAAAGCAAGGGAUGAGCAAGGCCUCGUUUGUGAACGACAUCACGGCGGCGGCGCUCAAGCCGACUUGAGGCGUUGGUUGAGCGGGCAGCGCGGGCCGGAUGGCCGAAAGUCGCCGUGAGAGAGGAACUCCGCCAAAGGGGCCGCAGCACCUCCACCGCAGGGUUCAUGACACGGAUUGACGUAAUCCUUCCAUCAACACGCAGUAAGCCCGUGAACGCUGUGAGGUCAUCUUUGCUUUGUAGGGAACAAAGGGUGAGAUUUAACAUGUCAGGCGCUAGACAUGCUUUGUUUGAGUUUUAACUAAUGUCUUUUAAGGUCGCUUGUAAACGCGCCUGCAGUCUGCUGCAGUGAGCUGGUUUUGGGAGAACAAAAUGAACCAAUAUAAAAGUAACUUAAGUAACAGAACUGGAGUUUACUAUAAGAGCUCUGACCUUGUUUUAAAAAAAUGUCGUUUUUAUGAUUUUUGUCGUCUGUGAUUUUUUUUCUUCUUACGAUUCAUAUGAAAAUAAAUAUUUGUAAUGUCCCCAAAAAGUGAAAUGAAUAAAGCGGAGCUUUAAACUGA